AUGACGGAUUUUUAUGAAAUACUCGAAGUUCAAAAAACAGCGACUGAAGAUGAAAUCAAAAAAUCAUAUCGUCGAUUAGCAUUAAAAUGGCAUCCAGAUAAAAAUCUCUCAAAUAAAACACAAGCUGAAGAAAAAUUUAAACUAAUUUCUGAAGCUUAUGAAGUAUUAUCUGAUAAAGACAAACGUCGAAAAUAUGAUCAAUUGGGUAGAGCUGGUUUAUCAAAUAAUCAUGGAAAUAGUGGAUAUUCACCAAAUAAUGGUUAUUCUCGAUUUUCGGAAGAUUUUCUUAAUCGUACAUUUCAUUUUCACAAUCCGUUCGAUAUAUUCGAACAAUUUAUGUCACAUUUCGGCAUGGAGGAUGAUUUCGGGUUCGGUAUGAAUCCAUUUGCUGAUUUACAUAGUCGUCAUCAUCAUCUUCAUCAUCAUCCUUUUGGACAUCUCCGUCCAACAUCAUCAUCAUCCUCUUCAUCAUCAUCACGACGUGAUCCACAUCGACAACAAAUGGCUUUAUUUGAUAAUGUUUUUUCUCCAAUGAGAAUGUCUCUAUUCGAUCAUCAUGAUCCAUUUGGACACCACGAUUUUGGUGGACAUCAUGCUGGAUCUAUAUCAUCAUUUAAUGUUUCAUUUGGGUCUGUUGUUUUUUU